CUGACUUCAAAUAGGUUUAUUCCUUCCAUCUAGUAAGCUUUGAGUUUGAUUUCGCCCAACUGUUUACUUAAGAUCUUGCAGUUCUGAUUUCCAGACAUGGAAACACCCGACUAUAGGUUGUACAUGUGCACCGUGUGCUUUCAAAGGUGUUAUUGGAGCGAUCUUUCGAAGAAGGAGCUCCGUUGCAUUCAGUGUCGUCUGCCACCCAAGAUCUGCGUCAUCUGCGAUAAGAAGUUCGAGCCGCGCGAGAAGUCGCAUGUUUACUGCAAACGAUGCAAUUUCUAUAUCCUCAGACACGCCGCAGUCAAGCCCCCAUCCUUGGAGGAGAAUCCCGAGAGAGUGGCGGAUGCUGGCCAGGAUAGGGAGGGAUCUUCGUUCACGGAACGCUGGAAGGAGAUUAAAGCCGCCGCUGGAAUCGUGGACGACGGGUUCAGUGACUGAACCAACACGCACUUUAUUUUCAUCAGUAUAAAAUGGCAACCAUGAUAUUCAUCCAAUAUAUCCAUUUCCCCUAUUGUUUUGUCUUAAAUUAUAAAUAUUUUAAGGGAAUAGCCUUUUCUAAGAAGCUUAAAUAUGAUAUUUUAACAAAAUGUAAA